AUGACCGAGGACUCAGAAUCGACCCCUUUGAUUGAGUCUGUUCUUCAGUCACCUAAACGGGAUUGGAGAACAACAUUCAGGCGGUACAGACUGGAUGUUUGGAUACCCAUAGCAGUGUUAUCAUGUUUAUUGGUUGUAAUUAUUAUCACUUUUUUUCAAGCAGUUCUUCCUAAUAUUGGAGACUAUGCCGCUCAAGGGACGACCUUUGAUUUGGAGAAUCUCAACUUUCUUGGAGUUUCUGAUGCUGGAGGUGUCAACUUCGAAGUGAUGGGUGUGUCUCACAACAACUUCUCCCAGAUUGAGGACCCUUUGGCUCGAAAAUACUUCAAAGUAGGAGGCUUUAUGACUAGGAAAUUGAAUUUGAAGGUGGAUGAUCUUGACUUUUUAGUCUAUGACGAAAUUAAAGAUGACUACCUGAAAUUAGGUAGGGUGCAUAUUUCUCCCUUCUCUGCCAGGGUGGUGGAUUCGGCCAAUACUGAUAUGGAUGUAUACCUGACGGUUUUUCCUGACUCCAAAGGUGUUCUUGGAACUAUUGAGAAGAUUUUAAGAACCCCUAAUUCCAAGUUGAAACUAAAGGGAGAUGCAGACGUUAAAAUUUUGGUUUUUAAUGGCUAUAUUCCUCUUAAAGGUGUGAUGAUUCCUUUGGAUAUUGAUAUUCCUACUUCUUUGGUGUCAAGAUUGUCGUUGAAUAGUGUUGAUGUCUCCAAUGUCAAAUUUACGGAUUCUGAAAACGGGAAAUCUAAAGAUUUGCCAAAGUGUCUGUUUGAUUUAUUGCUGUUGGAAAAUCCUAUCAAGAACUUGCUGAAAAUCGUUGACCUUGACCAAGUGGAUGUUCCGUCUUCAGUUUGGAAUAUAUUUAUUAAUGAUUGUAAUGGAAAUCCAAAAAUUGAUGUGGCAUCAUUGCAAACUUCGAAAUUCAUUAUCGAAAACUCUGAUGAGUAUAACAUCUCGUGCUCUCUGGACUUCAAUACCGAUCUUGACAAACUUUCUGACACGUGCAAGCAUCAAGAUUUCCCACCACUCUCCAAAUUUGUGGAUACCAUCGUACACAAUGAUACAGUGAGUCUUCUGAUUGGAAUGGACUCCGUUUCGAGUCUCCCCAGUACUCUUUCCAGCGUAUUAAAGGAAGUAGUUCUGCCUUUGAAUAUUCCCCUCAAUAUAACAGAUUUAAGCUCUCAAGUGGUGGAGAACGUUACCAUGGAAGAGAUGAGCUUUGGCCUGGCCGAUUCGCAAACGCCAAUGCUUAGUGGUGUGUUGAAAGUGAUUUUAAAUUUUAAAGACAUCUCAGUGGAAGGAUUCAAAGUGAAGGAGAUGAAAGGCUUUUCAAAUUUGAAGUAUCAGGGAGAGAAGUUUGGUGAUGUUGACAUCUCACAGUGGAAGGAAAGUAUCACCAAAAUGGUUGUCUCGGAUAAUGGGGAUAUUAUGAUGAUUGUGUCGUGCAAAUUGGACAAUGUGCUUCUUGAUAUCACGGAUAUGACGGUUUUCCAGGAGAUCUUGUCUGAAGUGAUAAUGAAUGGCUCAGCACAUAUUGAUAUUGAAGCAUUGGUGGAUGUAUUAGUCAAAUCAAUGCUCGGAACUUUUGAGAUUGAUGGAAUCCCCGGUUCUGGAGGUGCUGAUUUUGAGCUAUGA